AUGAGUCCAACAUUCUCUUCGCUUUCCCUCUCUUCAAUCUUCGUUGUUUUUCUUUUUCUCAAUACCUUCUCUAAUCAUGGUGCAAAUGGUGAUUUAAUCACUGAUGUAUGCAAGUUUGCAUCAACAAGUGAUCCACAACUCAAGCAUGAAUUUUGUAUUGGAUCUCUUUUAAAAAACCCUGCCAGUAAAGAUGCUCAUGAUAUUUUGGAACUCGGAGAAAUAUCAAUGCAAGCAUGUUUACAAAAUGCAACAUCUAUUCAAACUUAUAUUGAUAAAAUCUUGAGUGAUGGAAAACAAAGACCAGAGCCGAAGGCAUUUAUACACCCUAUAAAGUAUUGCUAUAUGGCGUAUGGGGUUGGUCAUGAUUUUAUUCAUCUUGCUAUCGGAGCUUUUCAAAUUAAAGAUUAUAACGAAGCUAAGAUAUGGAUGGGUAAUGCCAUGGGUGUUGCGACUGAAUGUGAAAAGAACUUUAAAAAACGUGGUAUGCCUUCACUAUUGACAAAACAAGAUGAUGAUUUCGUUCAGUUAACUAAGAUCUCUCUUGGCAUAAUUCGUAUGGUGGUUAAAAAAUAA